GCCAGGCUGACGCCUCUCAACCACUUCCGCCUUUUCGAUAAUAAUACCCACCGUCCCCACAAUCUUCCAAACUGCAAGAAGGCCCAUCCAGUGACUUUGAUUUGCUGGUAGCGACAGAACGACCAUCCACAAUCCCAACAGCAACGCAUUCAGUGGAGCCCACACGGCCCCGCCAAAUCAAACCUCCAGCAUGCAACCAGCCAUGUUCCGCCUCGUCGACUGUAUCUCCAAGGGGAAUCCGGAGAAGAUUAUUCCUCGCAGCGCGUUCGAGGAACAAGACUACACCGCGUUCAAGGAAACCAUACGCCAGCAAAUGAACCUUCUGCAGUACAAUUUCAAAGACGUGAUCUUCACCAGAACCAUCCAAGGCCAUACUUUCGAGCUUGACGUGAAGACGGCCAACGCGUUGCCGCUCUUCUUCCGCGCUCCUCCUCAUGAGAUUCCUACCUUCUUCGUCGCACACAACGGCCCAAUGAGCGGAGAUGCCGGCAAUGCCGCACAGUUUCGCUUCAUCGAUUCCACAUCCGCGGCCCAAGCCGAGAUGCACGUCCACCGCAGCGCAUUCCCUGACCAAGGCGUUGAUACAUUCUACGACGUCGUCCAGCAACGCCUCGGCCUCCGCAGUCUCAUCAGCAUCACCUGUGUUGCUCACCGCAAUGGGCAGUACAUCGCCACUCCGAUUCGGAACGACGGCUCAAAUGCACUCGAUACCAUCUUCCAGGCCCCGGCCUACCACACCCCGACGUUCAUCGUCACUCUUGACGGAUCGCCACUGAACAACCCGACGAGCAACGCCGGUGCGAAUCGAGACAUCAUUCGCGAGCUGCUGAGAACCAAGCGGUUUACGCUGAGGCCGCUCUUUGAGAAGGAAAUCUUCAUUACCACAUGUCUGGCUGCGUUUGGCCUGCUAGAUGUUCCUACCCGCAUCGUCCAAGAGCAUUACAAGGGGGCAGCUGUCCUGCUGGACAAGAUGAAGGAGACCGGCGGUCCGGUGGCAGAGCGGUACGGCGAUACACCCCACAACACUCGCGCGGCAGUGUUGGAGCACUUCUCGUACGGCUCUCCCGCGUUCCGCUCGACGCUGAUCGACAUUGAUCGCAUUGUGAGGCACGCUGCGCCAGGCAAGAAGGACAAGGUGAUUGUCAUGUUUCAGCUGCCCAAAAGCGCUCACCUCUUCUAUGCCCUCCUGGCGUUCCUGGGAACUCCAU